CGAGCGACAAGGUUGUUUGUAUUUCAGUGGCUAAUUACACGACUUCCAGCAAGACUUUUGACCUUUCUGUAACCACCACAGAGGAGUUACCCGGCACCGGCCGCUCGUUGGACGAGUCAAACCCUCAUGCCGUCGCUCACUCUGUAUGCUGCCUUCCGUGGACAGUAAUCAGCGCCGCAUCUUCUCUAUAACACCUUGAACGCCUCGAAGCCAUGAGCACAUCUGGACAGAAAAAGAUUUCCAAAUGCAGAGGAAAAAGGGCCAGUCUUGGCACUGUUCGAGACCGUUGAAACAAACACGCAUCUUCUACGACCGGACCUUCAAUCCUGACAAGUAACCUUGUAGGAAUAAAUCGGGGAAUUCUCAUAGCAGCUGUCGACACUGGAAUAUAUUCCGUUAUAUAUGGCGAUUUCGUUGCCGCAGUGGUUGUCGUUGUAGAGAUGUACAGUGCACGGGACAGUCUUGGCUUGGUCGAAGUGUACUUCGACCGAUUGUCCGGCUUGAGGUACGCUGUAGCAUGUACUAGACCAGAUCUUUGCAUGGGUCCCAAAGUUGAAAACGCCGUUGAUGUUUUUGCAGAACUGCUCCCUGUAUAUCUUGACGAAAUGGGCAGACGCUGUUGAGGUAAGAACCGCAAAGACGAUCGCGAAAUGCAUCUUUGAAAAUUUGUCGCGAGGCUUUUCUAAGGUAUGUCGAAUUCGUUAAAGAGUCUCUAAGUUGAUGAUUUUCGCAAAGAUUCGAACAGCUUGCAACUGGGCCGAGUAUUACUAUCGAUACUUGUUCGGGCUAGAUGGUAUUGUAGGGAAACGUUUCCUCACAUUCUACAAGGUCUGUGCCCUCUUCCAAAAAGAGCCUACUCCCAUUGGACGAAACAGCAGGCGCAGGACCCGAAGGCUCUUCCACGCCGAAACCUUGAGAGAUUGGAUGCGAGGGUUGGAUGUUGGCAACUUGUCCCUUUGUGGUUGCGAAUUUUCAUGCCCAGAAGGAAGGCAUGGUAGCGCAGGGUAUUUUUACAGGCUCCUCCCGGAGCUGAGAUUGGUCGCUUUGAUGACAUCGGUUGUUCAAUCCCUGUAG